AUGAUGACGGACAAGAGUUGGGAAAAGUUUCCCGGGCACCUUGCUCCAGCAACUAUCUUUACAGCCUUUGGCUUGUAUGCACUUUUCAAGACCUUGCAGAUGACCAAACGGCUUCCUCCUGGUCGAACGUUCACAGAUGUUCAUCUUCCCCUGCAGGACAAGGGCAUCAUUCGCUCUAUUGGAAUCUGGGUCAUGGUAUUGACUGUUGCAGGGGCCAUUUACCAUUCUCUUGGGGAAGGAAUUGACACCAGCAUCCGUCUACACAUGGCCCUGUAUUCUUGUUUCUUUAUGGUUGGCUUGAUUGCCUACUUGGAAUCUAAGGAAUUCCUUUCUCCUGAUUCUGGACGCACGGCUUUGGCACUAGCUCUUUGCUUGGCCUUUUUUGUUUGGCGGGCUCAUGGUAUGUCAAUGGCAUCUAGCCUUGACCAAUCAGUGCACGUUUAUCUGGGACACAUCAAUCUAGCAGAUGGUUUGGCAUUUGGGUAUUCGGUCAUGCAAACUGACAGUAUCAUUGCACACAUUAGCUCUUGGGCCCUCCUUGUCCUUCAAGGCUUCUGGCUUUAUCUUAUUGCCUUUUAUCUGUGCUGCUUCGAGCUCGAUGAACUCAUGAUAGAGGCACACCUGGUGAUCAUGGUAGUGGCACUGGUCAUUGUCAUUGCUGUUGUGAUUGCUUCUGCUGAUCUCCCCCAAGUCAAAGCCAAUUGGUCAAAGCUCCAGCUUCAGGAUGGUCGAGGCGAGUAUCAUGUACUUACCAAGUCUUCCGCACAGGUAGAAGCUCAUGACGUCGUACAUGCUGACACUGAUACCGACGGAUCAUCUCAGGAUUCUCUUGGUGCUGCUGAGCAUCCGUGCUAG